CGUUUCACGACAGUUCUACGCCGUUUCCGGCACAAACACAUGAACACCAGAGUGAGGAAAACAUGAGAGGUCAAAAGUUAUGGUCCUGAUUUUUAACAGAAACGGAACGUAACACACAGACAUGGCUAGUUCCAUGGUGGCAGUGGGACUGGCUCUGGCAGCAGCUGGAUUUGCAGGUCGCUAUGCCAUGCAGGCAAUGAAGACAAUGGAGCCUCAGAUGAAGCAGGCUCUUCAGAGUUUCCCCAAGACGGCUUUUGGAGGAGGGUACUAUAGAGGGGGAUUUGAACCAAAGAUGAACAAGAGAGAAGCUGCCCUGGUUUUAGGUGUCAGUCCGACAGCCAACAAAAACAAGAUCAGAGAAGCCCACAGAAAGCUGAUGAUCCUGAACCAUCCUGACAGAGGUGGAUCUCCCUACCUAGCGGCUAAGAUAAAUGAAGCAAAGGAUUUGCUGGAUGGACAGACAAAGAAAUAGAAGCGAAAAUGCUCGUGGUGACACAAAUGUGAUUCCUCACCGAUCUUAUACUUGUUGCACUGGCUGACUUGAGCAAUUACCAGACUUUUCUAACUGAUUCUUCUCAAAUAAAAUCACUGUACAAAUUGUUAA